AUGGUAAACAUGCCCCGUUCCAGUGAAGUGGAUGUGACUCAUGUGUUCAUCAGUUCUGGUCAAAAUGUCCGUCUGUCCUGUAAUAAUGCUCUUCCUGACUGCAAAUCAACUACAUGGAUCUAUAACAGAUUCAGUCAGUCAGCAGCAGUUGAACUGAUUGGUUUAGGGAUAAAGAAGAAAGACACAGAGAGACAUGAGAGACUGAGUCUGGGGUCUGACUGCUCUCUGAACAUCAACAACAUCACAGAAGAGGAUUAUGGAUCUUACACCUGCAGACAAUAUGUGAAUAAACAACAACAAGGAACUGAUGCUCAUGUGUAUCUGCAUGUUCUUCAUGUCUCUUCAUCUUCAUCAUCCUCACAGACUGAGAUCAGUGCAGGCCGCUCUGUGACUCUCUUCUGUCAGCUGUAUUCAUAUUCAGAUGCUGGAGUCUCUUGUGAUGGUUCAGGUCGUUCUGAGGGAAUUGAGCUGUUCUGGGUGAAUCAGGCUGGUGUUAAACUGGAGAUAUCAGACUCCAGAUAUCAGAUAUCAGCAUCAGAUCACUGUAACAUCACUCUGACUACAACACUCCUGAAUGAAGAUCACAACAGAGAGUGGAGAUGCAGUGUUACUCACAGAGAUCGAGUCCAGAGCUCAGUCACAUAUACUGUCAAGAGUUCAGCUCAAGCUGAUUCAACGACAGCAGUGAUUACAGGUACAUGAUGCUUCUUUUAAGCCAUAAUUACACAGAAAAUUUGAAUUUUGCCAUAAAAAAAAAAAAACGUUAUUGGAACACAACGUGUCCAAUAAAAUGUUAAUG